UACAUUUUGCCGAAGUUCCAUACGUCCAUACAUAUGCAGAGGACAUCUGCCAGUCAUUUGUAGUGAAAAGUCAGUCUGCAGCCGUUGAACCAAUAGCAGUACAGCUAAAAAAUUAAAAAUAUUGAAUUCAAUAAUGCAUUGGAUUUUUCUAGCUUUUUACUUGAGCUUAGCUGUUGCGACUUGUAGUGCUACUGGACUGAGUGGUCCGUAUCUCUUUUGGGGUCAUCAGAGUGUCGUUGAUUUGCAGCCACGCGCUCUUGUUGAAGCUAGCGAAGCGGAGCUCACCAAUUUAUUUCAGGAAACCAAAGCAAUAGUGAUUUUCGUUCGGAAUAACACUGGACGCAUAGACGGGAAGGUGUACCCUCGGUUCCAGCAGUUGGUAAAAAGUAACGCUUGGGCCUAUUUACCCCAACAUUAUCUCACCGCCGAGCCCUUCAAUUACAAUGCCAACAUAGAGGUCAUCAAUCUAAGUGGUAACAGUGAGGAAGAAGAUGAAUCAAUUGUAUCCGGCUACAAUGACGCCAUUACCAUCUACGGUAAAGGUGAGGUGUUGGGAAUUGUAGCGAAUCGGGAAGAUGAUACUCAUUACAUUGCAAAAAGAGAUACCAAAGAACGUGAGGAACCCACAGAAGAAGAACGAGGUGCGACAACAACUUCUCAAACACCAGCCGUUGAAGAGGAGGACAAAACAUUUAUAUAUGUAGCAUUAGGAAAUAAGGCCGUGCUGUAUGUGACCUCUGCUCCGGUAAUCAAUAUAAGCGGUAAACUCAACAACACCAAGCUUGUGGCUCAUAACAAGGAUGUUACUUUCGACGAUCAAAAGGGCAAAGGUUACGGACGUCUUAAUAUCAUAUUCUCGGUGGAGACCCAGAAAUUAUUUCUGCGUUUCAAUUUCACACUGAGUCGCGGAUACUGGCACAUGAAAGCCGUUGAAGUGGAGUACAAUGAGUACAAAUCAGUUCUUCCGGUUGUGGGCACACUAUAUAGUAUUCCAUCUGCACCAAUAGGCUUCUCGUAUCGCUGCUCUUCGCGCAGCCUACAAUUUGGUAAUGAAAGCGAUGGCCUAAUCAUACAUGACUUUCAGGUACAACCCUGGUUGAAUGGCAUACCACGCUUCGGCGACGUUUACGAUUGUGUCGGCUUCACUACAGCUCCGAUUUGGGCCGGUAUUUUAGUGACACUUUUCUUGAUUGGCAUUUUGUCGAUUGGUUUAAUUGCUCUAAUGGAUAUUAAGACACCAAACCGAUUUGAAAGUUCACGCGGCAAACAACUAUCACUUUUUAUGCAGGAAUAAUUACAUUAUAUAUAUAUGUAUGCACAUAUAUCUAUAUACAAUAAAUAAAUAUAUAUGUUCCACCAUACCACUAAUCUCCUCCUCUCCUUUUAAAUACCAGCCAAUAACAAACGCAGCCGAACAAGUGUAUCUAAGUACAUGCAUAUGUAUGUAUGCAGCAUAUACACAUAUGUAUAUAUGUAUAAACAAUGUGGAAUUUACGCGUGAUUGUAAAAUUGCAAGACGUCGAAUGUAUGUCAAAUGUAAAUAUAUGUAUGUAAUAUUCGUUGAAAUGUUCACAUUAAUAAUUUACGGCAUCGCAAAUCCUCUGGUGCUCUUGACAUUGGCAAUUGAAUUUUUCCUCAUACAUUUAUUAUUUAUUUUAGUGGUUUUGUAUCUGUAUAUUCUACUGUUGGAUUAAUAUUAAAGUGUUAUAGUGUUCUGCAAUUCUUAUAAGCCAACUAUACAUUUAUAUAAAUAUAUAUAUGAACAUACAAAUGUUUGUAUGUAUAUGUAUUAAGCAAAUAUUC